GGUGCCGUAGAGUUCCGCGCACGCGCAGUGAGGGCGGUUGUUGAGUAGCAUGCAGCUGAGUUUGUUCUCUGCUCUUUGAAUUAAAAACACUAUCGUCGGAUUGUAUUAUAUCUUUAUUAUUAUUUGAAAUAGCAUAUCGCAGCUAUAGAAACGUGUUUAUCGGAAGAAGAAGGAAGAAAAACAAAGCGGGAUGAAUCAGUUUGAGCAUUUAAAGGAGGAAGACUCUGGAGACCAUGAGGAGAUGAAGGACAGUAACGAUACUGACGGAGGAUCAAUAAACAACAACAACAACAACAUCAGACGCAAGACGGUGACCCCGGGCGCAGGCGAACACCCGCUGCAGUAUAACUACACAUUCUGGUACUCGCGCCGGACGCCCAGCCGACCCGCAAACACACAGAGCUACGAGCAGAACAUCAGACAGAUGGGGACGGUGGCGUCGGUGGAGCAGUUCUGGAAGUUCUACAGUCAUCUGGUGCGACCCGGAGACUUGACAGGACACAGCGACUUCCACCUCUUCAAAGAGGGAAUCAAACCCAUGUGGGAGGACGAGGCCAAUAAGAACGGAGGGAAGUGGAUCAUCCGGCUGAGGAAGGGUCUGGCGUCUCGUUUCUGGGAGAACAUCAUCCUGGCCAUGCUGGGCGAGCAGUUCAUGGUGGGCGAGGAGAUCUGCGGGGUCGUGGUGUCCAUCCGCUUCCAGGAGGAUAUUCUGUCCAUCUGGAAUAAAACAGCCAACGAUCAGGUGACCACGUCGCGGAUACGGGACACGCUGCGGCGCGUGCUCAACCUGCCGCCAAACACCAUCAUGGAGUACAAGACGCACAACGACAGUCUCAAGUACAUGUCACAAUUCACCGGGGAUAAUUCCAGCUUCCGGAACACGAAGAUCGCUUUGUGAAACCAGGAAAUAAUUUUCAUAUGGACACUUUCCCUUUUACACCAUGAGCAGCAAGAACUUCAGAUGUGUGUGUGUGUGUGUGUUUGUGUGUGCGCGUGUACGUGUGUGAAGACUUUCUCCCGUAUCAUUCCAUCGGUUUCAUUAAGUCCGUUUUAUUCCUCAGUAACUGGUUACAUCAGAUUGAGUGUGUGUGUGUGUUUGAAAUGAGAAAAUGAUUAAAGAGAUUCUCUGCAGUUUGGUUCAA